UGUUAGUCCCCUCAAAAUCACAGCUCUUUAAUUUGUAACACUUAAUUUUCAUUGAUUGAGUGUGUGUUGCUACAACAAUGGCCUCAAGCCAGGGUUGGACUCCGAAGCAGAACAAGAGAUUUGAGAAUGCCCUUGCCAUCUUCGACAAGGACACCCCAGAUAGGUGGCACACGGUGGCCAGGGCCGUCGGAGGAAAAACGGUGGAGGAAGUGAAAAGGCAUUAUGAGAAGCUCGUGGAAGAUGUGAAGAAGAUAGAGGAAGGUCACGUGCCCCUCCCCAAUUACCGAAGUGCUGCAAGAGGCUACGGUUACAUGGAUGAAGAAACCAGGAUGAAGGCUCUGAGUCUGCAGUGAAGUGUGAUUUACCAAUAAAUAAUAUAUGUUGGAUGCUUGGCUUCGUACCAUAAGAUAUUUUAUUCACUUUUUUGUUUUUUCUUUCCAUAUAAUAUAUAGGCAAAGCAUCGUUGCCUUGUGUUUCUGUUUCUAUAAAUGUAAAGAUGAAAUUGUCCCAAAGACGGGCCCACUAGUUAAUAGUAAAAACAGCCAUUGAAUAUCAUAU